AUGGACGACUCAGCAGAAAUGUCAGUUUGCGACGGUACUUCACCCGACUCUCGACCGAUCCAAAAACAACCUCAUCAACCGAUUGUUUGGCGCAAUGUUAUACUGUGCUCGUUGGUCCAUUUGGGUGCACUAUAUGGAGUCUAUUUGGCGUUUACUUCUGCGAAAAUCACUACGACUCUUUUCGCCAUCUGUCUGUAUCAAAUUACUACAAUUGGUGUUACCGCUGGAUCGCAUAGACUUUGGUCACAUCGGGCGUACAAAGCGAAAUGGCAAUUACGUGUCCUUAUUAUUAUUCUCAAUACAAUAGCGUUUCAGAAUUCGGUUUACGAAUGGGCCCGCGAUCAUAGGCUACACCACAAGUACACAGAUACGAAUGCCGAUCCGCACAACUCAAAUAGAGGGCUGUUUUUCUCCCACGUUGGUUGGCUACUGUGCCGGAAACACCCGGACGUCAUCGAGAAGGGUCGAACCAUCGACACCAGUGAUUUGUUGGCCGAUCCGAUCGUGGCGUUCCAAAAAAAAUAUUUCUGGUUCCUGAUAACUUGGGCGUGUUUCAUUAUACCAACACUUAUACCGGUGUACUUUUGGAGCGAAACAUGGAGCAAUUCUUGGUACGUGGCUGUUUUGUUGCGGUACGCGCUCACACUUAACGGAAUUUGGUUGAUCAACAGCGCCGCACACGCGUGGGGAGCAAAACCAUACGAUAGGUCCAUCAACGCGGCGGAGAACCUUGCUGUGGCUAUAAUGUCGGUGGGCGAGGGUUGGCACAACUACCACCACGUGUUCCCAUGGGAUUACAAGGCGGCGGAAUUGGGAAAUUACAAGUUCAACUUCACUACCGCGUUCAUUGACCUGUUCACAAAAGUCGGGUGGGCUUACGACCUGAAAACCACGUCGCCGGAGUUCGUGUACAGACGAGCUUCGCGUACCGGCCUGAUCGAGUCCCAGGAUGACUCUGUGCCAUUGCCGUGGGGCUGGAACGAUCGAGACUUACCGCAGUCGGACCGCGUGGAGGCCACGAUCGUAAACAGGAAGCAAGGUUGA